AUGUUUUACAUUUUUGAGGACUUUAAGACCUAUGUUGCAAUAACACGACGUAACGUUUUUAUAUCAUAUGGAACAUUUUUUGCAACUGCAUAUCAAUCAAAUUUAACUAUAAAGAAUAAUAAAAAAUUUGAUACCAUUCAUUCAUUUGUAUUUCCAGAUAUAAUUGAGUAUUUAGAAUGGUCAAGAAAUAGUGAAUAUAUUCUAUGUGCAAAUAUAAAAAAAGCUAUUAUUCAAGUAUAUUCCAUUCAUUAUCCUGAAUGGAAAUAUAAAUUAAUUGAAGGCAGUGCUGGUUUAGAAAGUGUUAAUUGGUCUCCUGAUAGUAAAUACAUAUUGACAUUAUCAGAUUUUAAUAUUCAAAUAUCAAUAUGGUCUCUGGAAAAUCAAAGUGUAAUUCAUAUACAAAAUGUGAAAUCUUUUUUUCAUAAAUUAUAUUUUAGUCCAAAUGGUAAUAAAUUAGCUGUAGUAGUUUCAAUUGAAAGUAAAGAUAAUAUAGAAAUUUAUAAAACUGAUACAUGGAAAUUAAAUAAGAAAUUAAUAUGUGGACAUUUAAAUAGUAUUGAUGGUAUAUGUUGGUCUCCCAAUAGCGAAUUAUUGUGUAUAUGGUCAUCCUUUAGCGAUGAAACAAAAUUAAUUAUUUAUUCAACUAUAUUUGAAAGAGAUAUUGCUGUAUUCUAUCCUGCUCAAUUUGAAAACUUAAAAGGAAUCGAGAAUGUAACUUGGAUGCCCAGUGGACAGCUAUUAGCUAUAACGGGAUUUAAUGAAAUGAUUGUAUUAUUAAAUCAUGUGACAUGGAAACCACUUUUACAUUUAUACCUUGAACCGAUAAUAAAAGAAAAUUAUUUGAACAAAGUAUAUGAAGAACGUAUAAUUCAAUUAAAUUUUUCAAAUAAAAAUACAAACUAUUAUAAUAAAUAUAUUUUGGAAGAAAAAUCAGAGCGACCAAUAAAUAUAAAAAUUGGAAGAAAGAAUAAUAUCGAAAGAUUAUCAAUAGCUAAAUUUGAUAUUUUAGAAUUUAGUUCAUGUGGACAAUAUUUAGCAAUAAAACAUCAACUUUAUCCUACAACAUUGUGGAUAUGGAAUAUUAUCGAUGAUUAUCUAGAUUAUUUGCUUCUUGAAAAUGCUAUUGUAGCUGCAAAAUGGAAUCCUACACGCGCUCAUCUUUUAGUAUUUUGUGAAUGUGUACAUAUAUUUGAAUGGACACCACAUAAUGCAAAUUGUAUAUCAAGUCCACGAAAUAUUACAAUAUUAGAUGCACGAUGGCAUCCUCAAGGAAAUUUUUUAUUACUGUGUGGUUAUAAUAAAGCAAUUAUUUAUCAAAUUGAAAAUAAAUUAUGA